UUACAGCUGCCGGUAACGGUGGUGCUUAGUUCGCGUUCCUGCUACGGAUGGAAAGUUCAAUAAAAAUAACGACAUAAGUCAUCAAAGUAAAGCAAAGCUCGGUUUCUGUUGUUUCAGUGUCAAAUUGCAUUUAAUAUUAUUUGUAAAUUUUUUUUCGUAACUAUUAUUCAUAAAUGUGUGGAUGAUAAAAAAUUAAAAAAUUAAAAAAAAACAAACAACAGACAAUAAAAAAAUUCUAGUCGUGUUGAUAAAAGUACAUUUGAGCUGCACGUAAUCAAACCGGGACGCACUUUCCGUCGUGAGUCGGGCUGUGAAGUGCGCUUAUAUUUGUUGGUAGCGAGAUUGACGGGUGUGUGUGUACAACAAAUCAUUGACAAAUUCACAAUAAUAAAUGAGAAGAUCACAAAUAGCAUAACAAUAAACGAAAACUGAGUAUCCGAAAUGUACCCGCCAAAUCCACCAAAAGCUCCAUCGACCAUACGCCCUCGCUCCAGUUUAUCGGCAGCGAAAAAGCCAAGUAAUGCGCUGCUCACUUUAGCCGGUUUUUGCGUAUUUUUGUUCGUAUUGUGCGCGUUUUUACUUGGAGCGUUAGUUUAUGUUGGACGAACGAUUGCGGAAAAUGCCACAACUAUGCAAUCCUUACCACAAGGAAGUGGUAUAUUCAUAGAACCAAUAAAUCAAACACAGCACGUAGUGUUAUCAACAAAGCCGAUAUUACAAUUUCGUCCACUUGACCCGAUAAGUACAAUAGCACCAGAGUCAACAAAACGUAAUACAUCUUAUCAACUUUCGGAAGAAAUAAUGUCUACCUCAAAAAUUUUGAAAGAAAUAACGUAUCGUUUGCCACGUGAAAUAAAACCACAGCGAUAUAAUUUGCGCCUGUAUCCCAAUUUGCCAAAUAAAACAUUUAAUGGAUCAGUGACUAUAACUUUGGAAGUCCUUAAACCUAUUAGUUUCAUACCUAUUCACGCUAAAUUAAUAAAUGUAACUACAGAAAGUGUGCUGCGGCUUAACAAAGCCGGCGCGGAAAUAAGUGCAGUUGAGCCAUCAAUGACUUUCGCUCACCCACAGUACGAGUACUGGAUAACAGAAUUUGCUAAACCACUUGAAAGUGGAAAUUACUCCAUAUUAUUGAACUUUAAUGGUUCGCUAACAGAUAAAAUUGUGGGUUUUUACCAAAGUUCAUAUUUUGAUAAGAAUCGUAACGAAAAAAGAUGGAUAGCAACUUCUAAGUUUGAACCAACUUAUGCACGUCAAGCGUUUCCCUGUUUUGAUGAGCCAUCUAUGAAAGCGCAGUUUACAAUUAGGAUUGUACGACCAACUGAUGGUGGCUAUCAUGCUUUAUCUAAUAUGGAGGUGGAAAAUGAAGAGGUCAAAAGUGAUGGACUGACAGAAGUAACAUUUGCUGAAUCAGUACCUAUGAGCACAUAUUUGGCUUGCUUUAUUGUUUCGGACUUUGAUUAUCAAGAAAAGUUGGUAAAGGGUACCUUAGAAAAUGCUCCAGAUUUUAAUAUGCGUGUAUAUUCUACUCCCGCACAAAAAGAUAAGCUGGAAUAUGCUUUGAAAAUUGGUUCAGCCAUAACUGAAUACUACAUCGAGUAUUUCAAUGUACCUUACCCACUAAAUAAACUAGAUAUGGUAGCCAUACCAGAUUUUGUAUCUGGAGCUAUGGAAAACUGGGGUUUGGUAACUUUCCGUGAAACUGCUUUAUUAUAUGAUCCAACUAUAAGUUCUAGUGCAAAUCAACAACGUGUUGCUACAGUUAUCGCACAUGAGUUGGCUCACAUGUGGUUUGGAAACUUGGUGACUAUGAAAUGGUGGAACGAUCUCUGGUUAAAUGAAGGUUUUGCUAGUUAUAUUGAGUACAAGGGAGUUCAUAAAGUAGAACCAACAUGGAGUAUGUUGGAUCAAUUUCUGAUAGCAGACUUCCAUUCAGUUAUGAAAUUGGAUGCCACAACCGCUUCACAUCCAAUUGUACAAACUGUGGAAAGUCCAAGCCAGAUUACUGAACUUUUCGACAGCAUCACAUAUUCAAAAGGAGCUUCCAUCAUUCGUAUGUUAGAAGAUUUGGUUGGUGAAGAAAAAUUCCAAAAGGGUACCACGAACUACCUAAAUAAUAAUAUUUACGGAAACGCUGUAACUGAAGAUUACAUCAAUGAAAUUGAAGCACUAGGAUUUGAAUUUGACGUCAAGCUAUUACUGGAAACCUGGACUGACCAAAUGGGAUUUCCAGUUGUUAGCGUGGUGAGAAGUGGUAACACCUUCACGUUGACCCAAAAACGAUUCUUCUCAAAUCCAGAGGAUUAUAACACUGUACAAGAUCCUUCAACAUUCAACUAUCAUUGGUCAAUUCCAAUUACAUACGUUACAGAUGGAGAAAGUGAAAAGCAAAGUACUAUUUUUAAUUAUAAUGAUAACCAACUUACUUUAACUAUAUCCAGUGUAAGCGAAUGGAUUAAAUUUAACAAGAACCAAAUGGGUUAUUAUCUUGUUAAUUAUGAUGAGAAUAUGUGGCAAGCUUUGAUAACUCUUUUGUUAACUGAAAGAGGAAAACUUAGCAUUUCCGACAGAGCCAAUUUAGUAUUUGAUGUCUUCACAUUAGCAGAUGCAUCACAACUCGAUUACAACAUUGCAUUUCAAUUAAGUACGUAUUUGCAGAAAGAAAGAGAUUAUGUACCUUGGCAAGUCGGUGCGUCUCGUCUCAAUGCCAUCAAGAGUUUACUAUAUUACACUGAAUUCUAUCGCGAUUUCACUGUUUAUGUACGUAAGAUAGUUACUGAAGUAUAUGAGACAUUAACGUGGGAGGAGGAUACCGAUCACUUGUUAAAUAUGUUACGCGUAACAAUAUUAAACACCGCGUGUCGUUUUGGUCAUAAAGUUGCAUUACAAGAAGCAGCAACACGUUUCAACGCUUGGUUAAUUAAUCCUGAUGUACGUCCUACUCCUAACUUACGUUCUAUUGUCUAUUACUAUGGCAUGCAAGCUGUUGGAACUGAAGAAAUCUGGGACCAAGUACUCGCACUGUUUGUAGCUGAAUCGGAUGCACAAGAAAAAAUAAAACUCAUGGAAGCCCUUGCAGCAAUUAAAGAACCAUGGAUAUUGCAACGAUACAUUAAUUUAGCUUGGGACGAGAGUAUUGUUCGGAGUCAGGACUACUUUUCUUGUUUGCAGUACAUAUCAAGAAAUCCCGUUGGACAAAGUUUAGUGUGGGAUCAUGUACGCGAAAAUUGGCAACGUUUAGUAGACAGAUUUGGAAUUAAUGAACGAACUUUGGGUCGUUUGAUUCCUGCCAUUACAUCACAGUUUUCUACACAAACCAAAUUGGAAGAAAUGGAAGCAUUCUUUGCGAAAUAUCCAGAAGCCGGUGCCGGUACUGCUGCACGACGGGAAGCAUUGGCAACUGUAAGAUAUAACAUCAAAUGGUUGGAACAUAACAUAGCUAAAGUAGGCAACUGGUUGCAAGAAAAUAAUCAACAAAUUGAAUAGAUUAGAUAAGACGUGAUGUAAAUUAUUCCUUGUGCCUUACGUGUUGGCAUAUUGUACAUUGAAUUAUUGUAAAUUAUGUUAAAUUUGAUUAGAAAUGAAAUUUUUUAGUUUUUAUAAUUUAUAUACACAGGUAUGCAUGUAUAAUUAAUGAUAAACUGAACUGUGAAUUUAUAUUUUUAUUAUUAAAAAGACUUUAAAUUUAUUCU